AUGGCUUUCAAUAAGAAAUAUGCCGGUCUUCCGGACCUGGACCUCGCUCCCGAUAUUUACGAGACCCCCGAUCUAACAGACGAAGCCUCCACCGUCCCGACAGCGACGAUUCGCACAGCAUCAAAUGCGGGCGACGCUGGUUCCGAUCCCGAUAUUGACCGGGACCCUGUCAAUGCGGACGAAGCGCGCAAUCAUUUUCUCGGAGCUACGGUCGACGCCCGCCACGUGAACUUCUCAGACAGCAUCGCUACGAAACGAAAGUCAUACCGGAGCAAGAGUAAGCAGCGAAGGAGCCAACUUGCGGAUGGCGAAGACAGCGAUGGCGAGACCGAGAGCCUGGAAAGAAAACUGGCGCGACUACAGCGCGAGGUGGAGGAACUGAAGGAUGAGAUGGCGGCGUCCCAGAGACCGGAGACGAUGGAGUCCGACACUGCCCCUGAUGAGGCGAAGAAAACGCUAGAUGACGGUGUUGAGAAGCUCAGUCAGGCACUGGAUAACCUCUACGCCUCAUCACGGGGUGCAUCCCAGCUUCAUUCAGCAGCCGCUUUGUUAUCCCAGAAGCUUGCAUCAGCCCCCUCAACACAGGUAUCUGAAGCCGAUGCAGUUCAGACCAAAGCCGCAAGCAAUGAGGCUGAAACUGCCGCACCCGCCGCCGGCAUCCUUUCCCACGCCGCAAGCUUCGACACCCGACUUGCUCUCAUUGAAUCCGCAAUGGGCAUAUCCACCUCCUCGAACCCCUUCAUCUCCGAAGCAUCCUCAGAUCCUCCCCUUCAACCAGUUCUCCCAGCUCUCGACCACCUCACCUCCCGCCUCUCAACCCUCAUGACUCUCCUCGUCGGACCGAGCCCUAUCCCCGCUGUGCCGACCACCUCUGCCGCCGCCUCAACAACCGUCACAACACCACACCUCGAAAUGCUCUCCACCCGGGUCAGGAAACUCACAACAGACGCCGAGGCCCUAGCAUCAGCCCGCAAGCGCGCCCUUGACUCAGCGAAGGCCGCCCAGACCUCCCGCCACCGCACAGCAUCUGACUUCUCAUCACCCAUUGAGCCCGAGCAAGCCGCUCAGCGUGACGAACAAGCUACAAAGAUCCAGGCUCUAUACGCCACACUUCCAACCAUUCAAUCCCUUCACCCGAUUCUCCCCAGUGUUCUUGAGCGUCUACGCUCCCUCCGCGCUAUCCACGCAGGGGCCGCUCAAGCCUCUGAAUCGCUGGACGAGCUGGAGAAGCGCCAGGCUGAUAUGGCGAGUGAGAUUGAGCAGUGGCGGGAGGGCCUGAAGGCUGUCGAGGAGAAGAUGGGCCAGGGCGAGGCAGCGCUGAAGAGUAACAUUGAGCUCGUUGAGCCCUGGGUUAGGGAUCUCGAGAAGAGGAUGGAGAAGCUGGAGAGCGGAAAUUGA